AUGGGUCGAAGAAGCUCUUAUGAUAUCAGUCGUCGUCCAAUACAUGUUAGUGAUGAUAUUAAUAUGACUAGUAAAAUGCGAACAAGUCUCAUGAAGGAUGAACCUGUUAAAGCAUCACCUUCAAAGUUCAAAAUUAAAGAAAUUUUAAAAAAAGAAGAUAAUGAAAAUAAUAUCAAGAAUGAAAAAAAAACUUCUACAGAACUCUUUCGCUUUGCUAAUAAAAUUGAUAUAAUUUGUAUAACAAUUGGUACACUUGCUGCUUUGGCACAUGGUGCUGCAUUUCCUCUAAUGUUACUUGUCUUCGGCAAUUUAGUUGACAUAUUUACUGAUCGAUCCUUCGAUCUAUGUCAAGUAAAUUUUACGCUACUUAAUUCUUUUUGUCCAGACAAUAUACAUCUUACCAAUAAAAACUUUCGUAACGAAUAUCAAAAAUGUAAAUUUCCACAAGGAAAUUUUACAUUAAUAAACGAUCAUUUUAUGUCAAACAUUGGCAAGCAAUCUAUGCGGCUUGUUAUUAUGGGAUGUGGAAUAAUUGUAGUAGGAUAUUUUCAAGUUUCUUUUUGGUCUAUUGCAUGUGAACGUCAAACACGUCGCCUUCGUGAAACACUUUUGCGAUCAAUACUUAGUAAAGAAAUAGCUUAUUUUGAUACACAUAAAACAGGUCAACUUAGUACAAGACUGACAGAAGAUGUUAAUAAAGUACAUGAUGGUACAGGUGAUAAACUUGGANUAGUAAUUGAAGAAGGAAAUCAUGAAACGUUAAUGAAUGCACGAGGAGUUUAUCAUGGUCUUGUUGAAGCGCAAAAUUUACGUAUGGAAAAUAAUGAUCAAAAGGAACUUGAAAAUGAUGAAGAUGAUGACAUAUCUAUCGAUAAUGAAUUAAAUCAAUCUACACUAAUAAGUGAUCACAAUAAAUCCGGUCAUAAUAGAUCUAUUAAAGAAGAUCAAAUAAGUCAAAAAGCUGAUCAAAUAGAUGAAUCUCAAGAAGUAUUUGAAGAAUGUGAUCCGAACGUACAAGAAAAACGUGUAUUAAAUUAUGUUUUAUUUUUUAUUGGUAUUGGUUUGAUUACAUUAUUUACAAUGUUCUUACAAAGUUUUCUCUUUGCGAUAUCGGGUGAAACAUUAACACAACGUCUUCGUUCAAGAAUCUUUCAAACUUUGUUACAACAAGAAAUUGCUUAUUUUGAUCAACCAGAAAAUAAUACAGGUGCUUUAUGUACACGUCUUGCAACUGAAGCUUCAGAUGUUCAAGGAGCGACUGGUAUUCGAAUUGGUACUAUGUUACAAAACAUAGCAAAUCUUGGUGUUGGAAUAAUUUUAGCUCUUUUUUAUGGUUGGUCAUUAACAUUACUUAUGUUAGCUUUUGUACCAUUUAUGAUUGUUGCUGGGUUUUUACAAAUGUAUUUAUUGACUGGAUUUGCAAAUAAAGAUAAAAAAGCGUUAGAAAAUGCUGGAAAGAUUACAGUUGAAAGUAUAUCAAAUAUUCGAACAGUGGCACAAUUAACAAAAGAAAAACAUUUUGGUGAUGAAUAUUGUAAAUUACUUGAUGCAUGUUUCAAGAACAGUAUUAGACGAGCACAUAUCUUUGGUUUAUUAUUUGGUUUUACUGAUGCGAUUAUGUUCUUUGGAAUGGCAGCUUUAUUUUCUUUUGGGGCUUGGAGAGUUCAACAAGGAGCAAUGACUUUUGAAAAUGUUAUGCUUAUACUUAAUUGUAUACUUUUUGGUGCAAUGGCUGUUGGACAAGCAUCAUCAAUGGCACCGGAUUAUUCGAAAGCGAUUAAUUCAUCGAAAAAAAUUUUGGGUUUAUUCCAACGUGUGCCUAAAAUUGAUAAUAGUUCGAAUACUGGGAAAAUGCUGGAAAAUUUUGAUGGUGAAAUUGAUUUAAAUAAUUUGGAAUUUCAUUAUCCAAAUCGACGAGAAGUACAAGUUUUGAAAAACUUUAAUUUAACAAUUGAACCUCACAAACAAAUUGCUCUCGUUGGUUCAUCCGGUUGUGGAAAAAGUACCAUAAUUCAAUUACUUGAACAUUUUUAUCAUCCGACAAGUGGACAAAUAUUAAUUAAUCAAAAUGAAUUAUCAACUUUAAAUCUUCAAUGGUGGAGAAGUCAAAUUGGUUUUGUUAGUCAAGAACCAAUUUUAUUUGAUGCAACGAUUAGAGAAAAUAUUGCAUAUGGUGACACAUCAAGAGUAGUAUCUAUGGAAGAAAUUGAACAUGCAGCUAAAAGUGCUAAUAUUCAUGAAUUUAUUACAAAUUUACCGCAACAAUAUGAAACAAAUGUUGGCUCCAAAGGUACACAAUUAUCUGGUGGUGAAAAACAACGAAUUGCUAUUGCUCGAGCACUUAUUCGUAAUCCAAAAGUCUUGUUACUUGAUGAAGCAACAAGUGCACUUGAUGCAGAAAAUGAACGUAUAGUUCAAGAAGCACUUGAUCAAGCCUCGAAAGGUCGUACAACCAUUGUUAUUGCUCAUCGUUUAUCAACAAUACAAAAUUCUGAUCGUAUUUGUGUUCUUCGUCGUGGUCAUAUUGUUGAAUCUGGCAAACAUGAUGAAUUAUUAGCUCGCAAAGGAUAUUAUUAUCGUUUAGCACAAUCAAAUAAAUGA